AUGCAGGCGGUGCAAUAUGGCACUCAAUACAUCUCAUCUUUAACGCAGGUCGCCGCCUUGAGAGUCGAUUCGUAUGCAACGCUGCCCUGCCGUUCACGUAGGGGAUCCAGCGGGGAAUCCAACACCUCAAACUCAAGAGGAGGCAAGAUCGUUAAUAACGUCGCAUCAGAGCCGGUUAAUGCGUUGAGUUUGAAAGGUCACAUCCCAACUUCAAUAACCACCAAGGGCCAGAGUACUAAAUGGCUUCACCUCUCAGUUCUAUCUGCUAAUGCUAGAGGCCACUAUUAUAUCGGCACUGAUGUUGAGGGCCAUAUGAUAUCAGCCCGCAAACUCCGCAAGUCUGCAUCAGGCGUCAUGAAAGACAAAACCUUAAUGAACAACAUCACCCUCCAACCCGAGGACCUUAUCUCAGUCCUCGGUGUAGACUUAGACAGUGGUCUAAGAUUUAACAGACACGCCAGCAUGAUCUGCAAAACAACUCUGGAGGUGAUAGCCCUUCGGUGCAUAUCUCACCUCCUGAAUCCAAAAGGAAUUUUCAUGCUGUGCAAGUCCCAGAUCAGACCACACCUAGAAUAUGGAAGCCACCAAUCUUCGUCACAUCGACUCGCUGGAACAUCGUGCGACAUCGAGGCUCUAACGGUGCUCCACAACGCUAAAGUGCAGCAGUUGCCUCAUCUAACCAGCCUCAGUCUCCCACCCCACGGCCGAGAAAGAAGUGCGAGAACAGUACACUCUAAUAGGCUCCUAGUGGAAGUUCCGAGUUUGCGGUCUAAGCAGUAUCAGCGCACCUCUGCCAGAGCAGCACGACUGCUUAUUGCAUUCACAUCCACCAUAGAUGUCGCCGAAAUGACCACGCAACAACCAGUGUGGGUACUUCUUAACAAAACAGAUCCACUCACCAGAAUAAGUUCUGAACUCAAUGUCACAAUUAAGUCAGCAAUCUUAGAUCCCAUGACUGGGUGUACCCAGAGAGUUGAUGGGGGCCCUGACCCCCAACACCCCCCUCCCAGCGAACAUCGUCUCCACCUCGGAAUCCACUGCAAGAUAGACCUGAAACUUAGCUCUCAGCUCACCAAUGUGGGAAUCCAAGCUUCCAACAUUGGGUUCAACACCCUCACCAUGGAGUCGGACAAGUUCAUCUGCGUCCGAGAGAAGGUGGGAGAGACAGCUCAGGUUGUCAUCAUUGACAUGGCGGACCCCACCAACCCCAUCCGCCGACCCAUUUCGGGAGACUCCGCCAUCAUGAAUCCUGCCUCCAAGGUCAUUGCACUUAAAGGAUCACCGGGAAAUCCCACAGCCCAGAAGACUUUACAAAUUUUCAACAUCGAAAUGAAGACCAAAAUUAAAGCUCACACCAUGGACACAGAAAUUCAGUUCUGGAAGUGGAUAUCAUCCAAUAAGUUGGCUCUGGUGACCGAAACUGCAGUCUACCAUUGGAGCAUGGAUGGAGAUGCUCAGCCACAGAAGAUGUUUGAUAGGCACAGCAGUUUGAAUGGCUGCCAGAUCAUCAACUAUCGCACAGAUGCUAAACAGAAUUGGCUGCUGCUCAUUGGUAUCUCAGCCCAGCAGAAUCGUGUUGUUGGUUUUAUGCAGCUGUACAGUGUGGAGCGUAAAGCAAGCCAGCCGAUUGAAGGUCAUGCUGCUGGCUUUACUACUUUCAAGAUGGAAGGCAAUGCGGAACCGUCAACAUUAUUCUGCUUUGCUGUGCGCAAUGCCCAAGGUGGAAAAUUGCACAUCAUUGAAGUGGGUCAGCCUGCUGCAGGUAACCAGCCAUUCACCAAAAAGAAUGUGGAUGUAUUCUUCCCACCAGAGGCACAGAAUGACUUCCCAGUAGCUAUGCAGGUUAGUAGUAAGCAUGACGUCAUCUAUCUCAUCACCAAGUAUGGCUAUGUUCACCUCUAUGACAUCGAAAGUGGGACCUGUAUCUUCAUGAACCGCAUUAGUGGGGAUACCAUCUUCGUCACAGCCCCUCAUGAACCUUCCAGUGGCAUCAUUGGGGUCAACCGCAAGGGGCAGGUAUUGAGUGUAAGUGUUGAUGAAGAGAAUAUCAUUCCUUACAUCACCAAUGUGCUACAGAAUCCAGACCUUGCCCUACGCAUUGCCACAAGGAACAAUCUUGCUGGUGCAGAAGACUUGUUUGUUCGGAAGUUUAACACACUAUUUCAGAAUGGACAGUACAGUGAAGCAGCCAAGGUGGCAGCCAAUGCGCCCAAGGGUGUCCUGCGCACUCCCCAGACCAUCCAGAGGUUCCAGCAAGUACCAGCACAACCAGGCCAAACCUCACCCCUCCUCCAAUACUUCGGCAUUCUCCUUGACCAAUCGCACCUCAACAAAUUUGAGUCAUUGGAGCUGUGUAGGCCUGUCUUGGCACAGGGGCGGAAGAACUUGCUGGAGAAGUGGCUGAAAGAGGACAAGCUGGAAUGCUCAGAGGAGCUGGGUGACCUUGUGAAGCAGGCAGAUCCAACUCUUGCCCUCUCUGUGUACUUACGAGCAAAUGUGCCCAACAAAGUAAUUCAGUGCUUUGCUGAAACUGGGCAGUUCCAAAAGAUUGUGCUCUAUGCCAAGAAAGUUGGAUACACGCCAGACUAUGUUUUCCUUCUACGAAAUGUGAUGCGUGUCAACCCAGAUCAAGGGUUAGCAUUUGCACAGAUGCUGGUUCAGGAUGAUGAGCCUAUGGCUGAUGUUAACCAGAUUGUUGACAUUUUCCUUGAAUCUAACUUAAUUCAGCAGUGCACUGCAUUCCUUCUGGAUGCCUUAAAGAACAACCGCCCCACAGAAGGUCCACUCCAAACACGUCUGCUCGAGAUGAACCUCAUGUCUGCUCCUCAGGUGGCAGAUGCUAUCCUGGGCAACCAGAUGUUUACCCACUAUGACCGUGCUCACAUUGCCCAGCUGUGUGAGAAGGCUGGCCUGCUGCAGCGUGCCUUGGAACACUACACAGACAUGUACGACAUUAAGAGAGCAGUGGUUCAUACACACUUACUAAACCCAGAAUGGCUGGUCAACUACUUUGGGUCACUAUCAGUAGAGGACUCACUCGAGUGUCUCAAGGCAAUGCUCACUGCCAAUCUUAGACAGAAUCUACAGAUUGUAGUGCAGAUAGCAACAAAAUACCAUGAGCAGCUGACAACAAAUGCUUUGAUUGACCUGUUUGAAUCCUUUAAAUCAUUUGAGGGACUUUUCUACUUCCUUGGCUCCAUUGUUAACUUCUCCCAAGAGCCAGAGGUGCACUUUAAGUACAUUCAAGCAGCUUGCAAAACUGGACAGAUCAAGGAGGUUGAGAGAAUAUGCCGUGAAUCCAACUGCUACAAUCCAGAGCGUGUGAAGAAUUUCCUGAAAGAGGCCAAACUCACCGACCAGCUUCCACUCAUUAUUGUUUGUGAUCGUUUUGACUUUGUCCAUGAUUUGGUGCUCUACCUGUACCGUAACAACUUGCAGAAAUACAUUGAGAUUUAUGUACAGAAGGUAAAUCCAUCACGUCUGCCAGUUGUUGUGGGAGGUCUUCUUGAUGUUGACUGUGCUGAAGAUGUGAUCAAGCAGUUGAUCAUGGUUGUGCGUGGACAGUUCUCAACAGAUGAGUUGGUGGAAGAGGUGGAGAAGAGGAAUCGCUUGAAGCUGCUGUUAUCAUGGCUGGAAUCUCGUAUUCAUGAGGGAGUCAAUGAGCCUGCCACACACAAUGCCAUUGCCAAGAUCUACAUUGACUCCAACAACAAUCCUGAGAGAUUCCUGCGGGAGAACAGAAACUAUGAUAGCAAAGUUGUGGGCAAAUACUGUGAGAAGAGGGAUCCACACCUAGCCUGUAUUGCUUACGAACGAGGCCAGUGUGAUCGAGAGCUGAUCAAUGUAUGCAAUGAGAACUCCCUCUUCAAGUCAGAGGCUCGCUACCUUGUAAGGCGUAGGGAUCCCGAGCUCUGGGCUGAGGUCCUCCAGGAGACAAAUCAGUACCGAAGACCACUCAUUGAUCAGGUUGUACAGACAGCUCUGUCAGAAACUCAGGACCCUGAAGAUAUUUCUGUCACUGUGAAAGCAUUCAUGACUGCAGAUUUGCCAAAUGAACUUAUUGAGCUCCUGGAGAAGAUUGUGUUGGAUAAUUCUGCCUUCAGUGACCACAGGAACCUCCAGAACCUCUUGAUCUUAACUGCUAUCAAGGCAGACCACACACGUGUGAUGGACUACAUCACUCGUCUUGAUAAUUAUGAUGCACCUGACAUUGCCAACAUUGCCAUUGGAAAUCAGCUCUACGAGGAAGCUUUUGCCAUCUUUAAGAAGUUUGAUGUCAAUACCUCUGCCAUUCAGGUGUUGAUUGAACAUAUAUCAAAUCUGGAUAGGGCAUAUGAAUUUGCCGAACGGUGCAAUGAGAGUGCUGUGUGGAGUCAGCUUGCCAAGGCUCAGUUGCAGCAAUCCUUAGUUAAAGAGGCAAUUGAUUCCUUCAUCAAGGCUGAUGAUCCUACAGCCUAUAUUGAUGUUGUAGAUACAGCACAUAGAACUGGUCACUGGGAAGACUUAGUGCGCUAUUUAGUAAUGGCACGAAAGAAGGCUCGGGAAUCCUAUGUUGAGAGUGAACUCUGCUAUGCUUAUGCCAAGACAAACAGACUAGCAGAUCUAGAGGAGUUUAUUGCUGCUCCUAACCAUGCUGACAUUCAAAAGAUUGGUGACCGGUGCUUCGAUGAUAGCAUGUAUGACGCAGCCAAACUCCUGUACAACAAUGUUAGCAAUUUUGCUCGUCUGGCCAUUACAUUAGUCCAUCUCAAGGAGUUCCAGGGAGCAGUCGAAUCAGCCAGGAAGGCAAACAGCACAAGAACAUGGAAAGAGGUGUGCUUUGCAUGUGUGGACAAUGAACAGUUCCGCCUGGCUCAGAACUGUGGCCUUCACAUUGUUGUUCAUGCGGAUGAACUGGAAGACCUCAUCAAUUACUAUCAGGAUCGCGGUUACUUUGACGAGUUAAUAAACUUGUUAGAGGCUGCACUGGGCCUGGAGCGUGCACACAUGGGAAUGUUUACAGAACUUGCAAUUUUAUACUCUAAGUACAAGCCUGAAAAGAUGCGUGAACAUCUUGAGCUAUUCUGGUCCAGGGUUAACAUUCCAAAGGUUUUGCGAGCGGCAGAACAAGCACAUUUGUGGGCAGAAUUGGUGUUUCUUUAUGACAAGUAUGAGGAGUAUGACAAUGCUGUUCUGACCAUGAUGGCUCAUCCAACAGAGGCUUGGCGAGAGUCGCACUUCAAGGAUGUCAUUACCAAAGUUGCCAACAUUGAACUGUAUUACAAAGCCAUUCAGUUUUAUCUGGAUUACAAGCCCAUGCUGUUGAAUGACUUGUUACUUGUCCUUUCACCUAGGAUGGACCAUACUAGGGCUGUUAACUUCUUCACAAAGGUAAACCAUCUGAAACUGGUAAAGGGUUACCUCAGAUCAGUUCAAUCUCUGAACAACAAGGCCAUCAACGAGGCUCUUAACUCCCUUCUAAUUGAGGAGGAGGACUACACUGGGCUCAGGACUUCCAUCGACGCAUUCGACCACUUCGAUAACAUUGCUCUCGCCCAGUCCCUUGAGAAACACGAUUUGAUAGAGUUCCGUCGUAUCGCCGCUUACCUGUACAAAGGAAACAAUAGAUGGAAACAGUCUGUAGAGUUGUGCAAGAAAGACAAGCUUUUCAAGGAUGCCAUGGAAUAUGCAGCAGAGAGCAAGAAUUCAGACACAGCCGAGGAGCUACUCCAGUGGUUCUUGGAGAAUGGCAACUUUGAUUGUUUUGCUGCCUGCCUCUUCCAUUGCUACGACCUGCUCCAUCCCGAUGUUAUCUUAGAGUUGGCAUGGAGGCACAAUAUUAUGGACUUUGCCAUGCCCUAUUUAAUCAAUGUGAUGCGUGAAUAUGUCACAAAGGUUAACAAACUUGAGGACCUUGAAAAGAGAAGGGGUGAAGAGAAUGAGACCAAUGAGAGCAAACCAAUGAUGAAUAUGAUUGGUGAGCCACAGCUUAUGAUCACAGCUGGCCCAGGCAUGAUGGGACCUGGCUACCCCAACGCUGGUUAUGCUAACAACAUUAACUACGGAGCUGGCAUGCCCUCCUACCAAGGCUACAGCAUGUAAACACUAAUUCAGGAUUCCCCCUGCAAGUUGAUCACCAGUGUGUGAACAUUCAGGUUGGUUCAAUAGUAAUGGUAGACUUUGUUAAACUAAGGCUACAGCUUGUAACUAAUAUAAAAAGUAAUAAUAAACAGAGCCUUUAUGAGAAUGUUCCAUAAGUUAUUGGAAAUGUGAAAAAAAAAAAAAAAAAAAAAAAAAAUAUGUACCAAGUUGAUGACUUAUCCCCAGGGAUAUAAUGUGUCCAAAAUCUGCCUCUAUAGUUCCACAUGAUUAACUCAAAGUAUAAAUGGGCUGAAUUUGUUGUGCCCAGUGAGAGCAAAAUACAGCUUAUUGUUGAGUAGUGUAUGGUUAGUGUGAGAAUGAGUGAGUGUGCUGUAGAGGCGGUCAGGUCAUUCACUCGGCUGUUACACAGACUGUCGUCCUGUUUGUUUAUUUUUUAUUUUUUAUUGUUAUUAUUAUUAUUAUUAUUAUUAUUAUUAUUAUUAUUAUUAUUAUUAUUAAAUUUUUCCCCCCUUUCUUUCUAUAGUUCUCGUUAAAAGGAUUUAUACAAAAUUUGUGGAGGUGCGAGGCAAGACAUGCUGCCUCACAUGAUGGUUUUAUUAUAUUUCUUUUAUUUAUUUACCUUUUUUUUUCACUUUUUAAUAGAGUUCGAAUGAAUAUCAUUUGUAUACCUUGUCAAAUGAUCCCAGUGUAUAUAGUUUAUCCUAUCAAGAUUUAUGCUGUAUGUGAUGUAGCACUGUUUUGCCUUUUCCUCUUAGAUUGAUUUAUGAUUGGUGUCCCAGUGUAGAGAUUUUGAAGUUGAUUCUGUGAGGAUUUAGAAUAUAAUAUGUAUAUAUAGAUUAAAUCAAUAAGGAUGAUAGACAUAAUAAUUCAUGGUGAAGACAUACGGUAUCCUGUAAACCUAAUAGAUGUGAUUAUUUUCAGACUGAAGGAUAAACAUUAACCUGUCUCUGUCAAACCAUUCCUAAACUUAAUGAUUAGCAGGCUGUAAUGCUGUAUCCUUCACUCUGACAUGAGACUGAAGGUGAAAUAGCCGAAGUUUUGUCCAUUGUGUGCCUUCGAAUAGCAAAUGGAAGAAGGCUAAAAACAAAAAUGUUAAAAAAAUAAAAUAAAAAGUUGUCCCUUGUUAUUGAUGAGGUAAUGCUUUCCAAAGGCCAAUGGUAUGUGUUCAAUGGUUGUUCAUUAGCAAUUUAGGGAAUUUAUAAUUGGUCUGGCUUGAGCAGCUUUCCCCCAGGGGAACAGCCUACCUCAUUGAAAUAGUUCGGAAUAAAGUAUAAGCUUGCUUCUACCUGCAUUGAAGUGUUGCCAGCUAUCUGUAGUUGCACUGAGGUUGUGCAUCAGUCAGCUACCAAUGUUAAAAAAAGAUCAAAUACUAUCUCCCAUUUUCAACAACCUAAUUGGAACACGGUUUCCCGGUGUGAUGGCUGGCAGGUAUUACAGCAUUGUGUGGAGAGGAAAGGUAGUUGCCAGGUUUCAGUAAAUUUGUUAGAAGAAAAUGUGUAUAGAAUUUAAAAGUCUGACAAUGAAGAACCACUGUAUGCAUUCUUUCCUAUCACCUCCACUCUUUUGUCUUCAGUGACCAUGGAACUUGCGUACUUUUUUGUUUAUUAUUAGUUUGUUAUUGUUAUUUUAUUGUCAUUACUUUUUUUUAUGAUUAUUGAUAGGAGAAACCCAUCCAGUGGACACUAAUUCAAGCUUGAAAGAUAGUUAUACUUAGUACCUUAGUUUAUUAUGAAGGAUAGUAUUUGUAUUUUUAAGUUGAAGCUAUUGAAAGUUUUAAUGUAUUUAUUAUUAUUAGGCAGAUGAGUUUGCAUGUACAUUUCUGUGGUGAUGAAGCCAUUCAACUCCAGCUAGGCUUCAGGAGAGACAUCUAUUGACUUCUUAACAUUCAGUGGUUGAUGCCUGAAACUUAGAGCAUAUGUACUGUGGCUACAUGUCAAGUUUAAAUAAACACUCCCACAUGAA